AGAAAUAGCAGUCAAAUUUCCUUUUAAUCUCUAAGAAAAAAAGAAGAAAAAAAAGGAAGGAAGACACAGAAAAGUGUGGUCUUAGUAUCUAAAACAAAAAAAACAUGAAAAUACAGGAGGGUGUCAGAAUGUCUUCUGUUUGUAGGUCUCCUUGAUCAAAGUUAACCUGGUAGCCGUGGUAGUAAUAGCUGUAGUAGUGGAGGUGGUAUUUGUAGUAGCAGUGGUGGUAGUAGUAGUAGUAGUAGUAACAUCACAACCGCAAGAGUCUCAGCGACGACAGUAAGGGCCACCACAACAAGGUACAGCCGACACCACCAUCAACAUUAUUAUCACCGUCACAAUUGCUAGUCAAUACCACCACCACCACUAUAACCAUUCUUACUUCCUCUACUUGUCACUCUCCCUCUCUCUCUCUUUCUACCACAACCACCAUCAUCUCGAUGACAACCACACAAGCCACCUUUCCUUACACGCCCACUAUCACACUCCUAUCACCAUCAGCACCACGUUUCACCACCACCACCAUCAUACGCACAACAUCCUUUAACCCCGCAAUCUCUGCUCCACCGCCCUUAUAACCCCACCAACAAAUUCCUCCACCACCUCCACUACGUCCGCCACCGCCUCAUAACGGCAUUCCCUCCACUCAUGACCCCAACCCUCCACUGUCAACCACGCUAACACCACCGUCGCCUUCAUAACACCAAAACCGUCACCACCACCACCACCACUGCUACUACCGACACCGCCACUCUAAAGAUACGACAACGACUAAGAAAAAAUAACAAAAAUCAAUAACAUACAACUGGACGAUUUCGUUACUACUACUACUACUACUACUACUUCUGCUGUUGCUGCUAUUGUAGUUUAGUUAAAGUUUUUACUAAAGCAAAAAACAAAAAAAGUUUUAAUUAUGAAGGACAGCGAAGAUGCUCAUAAAAUUACUGAACAAAUUUAUAAGAACCUAAAUGACAAUUUUAUACCAAACAUGAAACAACUCAGUUUGUCUGCUCGAAACUACUAUAAAGCCCUAACAAAUGUUUCGACCGCUGCUCGGUCCUAUUCUGAAACCUUGGUGAAGAUAGGUCAAACUGCUAUAAAUAGAUCUACGGGACCCACACAAAAUAUUGGUGCAGCACUCAAUGAUAUUUCCCAGAUUUACAAACAACUUGAAAUACAAACUGAAGAGAAAAUGAAAAGUCUGAUGCAGGAUAUAUCAUUUCCUCUGGAAAAUAAACUGGAAACAGAUUUGAAGACCAUUCCGUCUUCAUUGAAGAAAUACAACCAAGAACACAAGGCCAUAGUAGUUCCCUUCGAGAAGGCUCAAAACACACUCACUAAGAUGCAGAAGAAGAAGUCUCGCUCAAAAUUUAGUGAUAAAGAAGCUGAGUAUGCUCAAACAAUCAGCAAAGCCCAGAUGAAACUUCAUGACCACAGAAUAUCUGGUUUACAAAAGGCUAUGACAGAAGAAUGGAACUCACACAGUUUUCUGUUGGAGUGUGUGUGCAAUAUGUUAAUCCUGGACCAUAACCACUAUGCCAAGCUACACAGUAUGAUAGCACCAAACAUUGAACAGUGGGCACAGUUAUAUGCCAACAGUGACACUCUUCUACCAAAUAUUCAGAAUAUGUUUAUUACUGGAGCUAACCUAAAUGACUACACAGACACAGAAAACAAUGACAUGAUUAAACUGGGCUCACUUUAUGAUGACACCAAUGUAUCAUCUUUUCCCAUACAAAGACCACCUGAAAUUAACGAACCAGUUUUUACACAACGUCCAGGCAAUGUAGUAUACGCAAGGCACUCAGGCAAACCAAUACCCGAGGAAGUGAAAGCAUAUGUACAAGCCAUGCACCGUCAUGAAGCUACAAGUGACUCUCAACUGAGUUUUCAAGAGAACGACACGAUACAGUUGAUUGGAGAAAAGUCAGAAGGCUGGCACUAUGGUUUCAACCUCAGUAACAAAAAGUAUGGCUGGUUACCUUUGUCUUUUACAAAACCUGUUACAUCUGAUUUGGGACCGCUGAAAAUGAGCUCCCUUGAUGACCAACCGCUUACCAAUCGCGUAAAAAGUACAGGAGAUUUAUUAAACAGCCACGAGGGCCAUUUAAAUGUGCCCCCUAGACGUUCUUCCAUCACCAAUAAUAGCUUCAAUGAUGGCUCAAACUCUUUGCUCCCUGCAUCUCCCUUACGGCAAGGACCAACACACAUUGUUGAUUCCCAGAAUACAGUGCCAUCAGUACAUCCGUAUCAGGUUUCCAACAACAAAAUUCCUACACCACCUCCACAGCCACAUUUAUAUUCCUACUCACCAAGAGCCAAUAACAAUGUGCCACAAUUCAGAAGAUCUCCUGACAAUGAGUACCAAAAUCUCAGCAGCCUGCAACCAAACAACUUUGAGUUGUCUCAAAGUAGGAAUAUGAACUCUUCACUGCCGUUUCCUCCACCACCCAGCAGUCACCCAGAAGCUGAUUAUAGCGAUGCAUUGGAUUAUGGUUAUUACCCAAGGGAUGAUAUACUAAACAAUAAAGGAUACAGAGGACCAAAUAACAGAACAUCCACCUAGAACAUUUACUUUGAAUUGUGCUGUCCUGAUAACCAGAACAUCCACCUUACCCUGAACUUCUGCUUAGAAAUGCUGCUUGGAAUCGCAAAUCCUGUCCAAACAUCAACAAUAUCUACACCCUACAUAGCUAUGUUAUUAUCCUGAAAAUAUUGUUAAACCCAAACGAGUUAAAUUUUGACAAUCUUGGAAAUGAUUUUGGUAUUAAUAAUGUAAAUUGUUUUUUUGUAUUGAAAUCAAAGCUUCCAUAUGAAGUUUUCUGUCUAUACUUUGCCCACACUAAUCUGCUUCUUUUUGCACUCUGGGACAAAUUGGAUAUCAAACAAAGAGGGUAGGCAACAAUUGUGGUAAAAUAUAUAACCGUGGUAAUUAUAUAUAUAUAUAUAUAUAUAUAUAUAUCUGUAUAUAAGAAAUGAGUUAAAAAUAAUGGUCAUUACAUAUAAUUCCUUGGCUUACAACUGUUUCCAGUACUCAUUAUAGGUACAUUACUGAUAGGUUUACUCAAUUGGUCUUUCGUUAAUCUAACUAAUAUUGUUAGCCUGGUGUGCCAAUAGAGUUUUUAUGAAAUAUUUUUUCCCAGAUUGAUAAUCCCUCACUAUUUGUAUCUACCUAUCUAUAUAUAUGAGUGUGUAUAACACAGUAUUAAACCAAAUAACUUGGCAGACUUGGGACCAGAAGCAUCUUGGGUUUCUGAAUUUUCCAGUUUUCUGGAGACAGUCUAAAUAUAUACAUAAAAUGUAAAAUACUCAUAAACUAUGAAAAGUAUUGGUUAAUCCCCUUAAAUUUUUUAAAUAUAUCAUAUUGUACCAUGUAUAAAAUAUAAUGUUUAUAGGAUGAACAUUAAAUAAAGAAAAGUAAAGAACAUGAUUGUAUUUAACAGAUACAAACACAAGUUAAUACAAUUUUAAAGCUGA